GGCACAUAAACAGACAGAGGAAGCAUCCAGCUAGCAGCAAAGAAGGCAAGUUUCCUGAUGACAGCUCCUGGAGCCGCCUUCAACGUGAAUUUGAGACGGGAGCUUAAAUGACAGUCAUACAACAUUGCCUGAAACGAACGAGACUUUAUUAAAGUCUGUGUGACAGCGCAGGUGACCAUGGGUCUCUGCAAGUGCCCAAAGAGAAAGGUGACCAAUCUGUUCUGCUUCGAGCAUCGUGUGAAUGUCUGCGAGCAUUGUCUUGUCUCCAACCACAACAAGUGUAUUGUUCAGUCAUAUUUACAGUGGCUUCAGGACAGCGAUUACAACCCCAACUGUACUCUAUGUAACACUCCACUGACUGCCCAGGACACCGUCAGACUCGUCUGCUAUGAUGUGUUUCACUGGGCCUGUCUUAAUAACUUGGCAUCUCGGCUGCCCCUGCACACGGCUCCAGCUGGAUACCAGUGUCCCACCUGUCAAGGUCCAGUCUUCCCCCCUUCUAACCUGGCCAGCCCUGUAGCUGAUGUGCUGAAAGAACAGCUGUCAUCCGUUAACUGGGCUCGAGCUGGUUUAGGGCUGCCAUUGAUUGAGGAGCCGAUCGGGGUCCUUGAGGAGACCACAGCCACUGAUGUUACAGAUUAUACUGACUGGUCAACAUUCGAUGGUCAGGAACAGAGUAACAUUUACCCCAGCCACUCAUAUAACACCAGCUUCAGCCCACCACAGAAUUCUGUCCCACCUCCAGCACAGGAGGAGCUCGGAGGUCCUCGGAAAAAUGGGGAUUCAAGCAUGCAGGAUCACGCAGUGAUCAACUUCACUACUACUGCCACUACCUGUGACACAAUAACAAUAAACACAGCAUCAUCACCAAGAAAGGUUUACGACACGCGAGACGUUGGUCAUAGCUCCGUCACACAGAUCGAUUUUGAUGAUGACAAGUACAGAAGGAGACCAACACUGAGCUGGUUUGCUCAGAUUCUCAAAAAUCUCACUGGUGGAAAAAGGACUUCCCUGUCCUGGAAACAGCGAGUCUUCAUGCUUCUCCUGGUCGGAGUUAUUGGAUUCUUUACACUGAUCAUCAUCAUGGCUAAACUCGGACGUGCCUCUGCCGGCUCAGACCCAAAUUUAGAUCCUCUUCUUAACCCCAACAUCCGUGUGGGGAAAAACUGAUAACAAGCAUUGAUUCCUUCUUUUCCUUCUGUGUUACACAAUACAAGCUCUGUGUAGGCUGAGCUGAAACAGGACCUUCCAAUACACAGUCAGCCCAACAGAGGGAGCUGUUUACCCAUGUUCAGUGGGGAAGAGAAGAGACGAUGUACCUCUGUAGGAGAGGUAAUCUCUGGCUCCAGAUCAUGCACACAAGCAGUAGGAACAUGCCAGGGCCUUUUAUAGACUUUAAAAUGUUAAAUUCAGGAGCUUUCCUGUGAUCCAGUAAAGCAGCCCACAACUUCAAAGGUGACCAAAGCCAAGAUGUUAGAGGCCCAGGAUUCACCAGUUGUUGCUUUGAAGAGUGAAUAAUGGAGAGAGUUAGUAUGUCUACUUACAAUUCCAGCUAACAUUUGUCAGUAAUGUUUGAAGUUGACUUUUUAGAAGCUGAACACAGACGAUGUUGGUAGAACAUCUUUUGCCCUCAAGGAAAUCAGAAUGUCAUCACCGACACAACAUUCAUAAACAUGUACGAGUUUUGAACUGACUUCUCUUCUGUUUUUUGUUUGGGUGGCCUUUGUGCAUUUUAUUCCUGCAGAUACAACUCAAACUGGAACCAGAUUAACCCCACACACAACAAAUACACAACUAUUUAUGGGUGUCAUCAUAACUUUUGAGAUAGAGUGCAAUGCUUUUAAAUUUGGCACACAUGCUGUAUGUAUAUUUUCCUGAUGUUUCUUUGACUAUCUAUUAAAUGGGAAUAACUCA